CGCUGUCGUACCAGAAAAAUCGAACAAGAAACGGAAGCGCAGCAUGAGAAAAAAAUGAUAUGAAGUUAGUUAGCUAACGUUAACUUAUAUUGUCAUUUAAGUAACAAGGCAAAAACUGAGGCUUGCUGAAGUACGCAUUCUGUUUUGCAUCCGUCGUACUUAGUUAGUCCUCUUGGACUAACCUGUCACUUUCUCCGAGACAGAACAGGAACCAAGUGUCAGGAUGGAUCCAGCUCUGCUGAGGGAGAGGGAGCUGUUCAAGAAAAGGGCUCUUUCCACUCCAGCUGUCGAGAAAAGACAGGCUGCAUCAGACUCUGGAUCACACAAGAAGAAGAAGCCCAAAGUAGACAAAGAGAGCUCUUCGGGGUCCAAACACAGCACCGAAUCCAGCAAUGGAAACUUCAACAUCAAGGCAAGCUCUGGGUACAAGUUUGGCUGCCUGGCCAAGAUAGUCAAUUACAUGAAGACAAGGCAUCAGAACGGUGACACACACUUCCUGACCUUAGAUGAAAUUCUGGAUGAGACCAAACUACUUGACAUCAGCAUGAAACAGAAGCAGUGGCUCAUGACUGAGGCCUUAGUCAGCAACCCAAAAAUUGAGGUCCGUGAUGGGACAUACGGCUUCAAACCUAAGUACAACCUCAAGGACAAGAAAGCCUUACUGAGGCUGCUGGACAAACACGACCAGCUGGGUCUGGGAGGUGUGCUGCUAGAUGAUGUAGAGGAGGGCCUGCCCAACUCAGCCAAGGCUAUCAAGGCUUUGGGAGAUCAGAUCAUCUUUGUAACUAGGCCAGACAAGAAAAAGAUCCUAUUCUAUAAUGACAAGCACUGCCAGUUUGCGGUAGACGAAGAAUUUCAGAAGCUGUGGAGGAGUGUUCCAGUUGACUCCAUAGAUGAAGAGAAGAUUGAGGAGUAUCUGAAAAAGCAAGGCAUCUCCUCCAUGCAAGAAACGGGACCAAAAAAAGUGUUACCAGUUCAAAAGAGAAAGAAGCAAGGCGGGCAGAGGAAGAGACACUUCAAGACCCACAACAACCAUUUGGCUGGAGUACUGGAGGACUAUUCCGAUGGGGUUCCUGUAAAGAAGUGAAAUCUUUCCUCUCACUUGAUUCUGUAAUCUGUAAAUGGCUAGAGAUGGAGACCUUGGCCUCACUACAAAACAGACUUUUCAUGGUUGUCUGUAAUGUCAAACAAACUAGCUUAUUUUCCUUACUUUAUGCUCCUUGCAGUGAUCAGUGGUCUUGCAUUACAGUGACUCAAUAGCUACUGUGUUUUGGAAUCCUUUUCAGUUUAUUGAUCGGUUGUAAUUGAAGGACACUGGAAGAAAAGAGUACCGAUAUCAUUAAGGACAAAGAAUGCCCUUACCAAAACUGCAACUUUCAAAGGUAGCACCAUGACCUGUUAAAAUGUCAGAGGCUGAAAUGUGUAAAUACUUUUUUCAUUAUUUUAUUUAGUGUAACAUAAAAGUGUGUGGAUGGUUUUAUUUGAAUGGGUAGCAGUUCUCAUCUGAUGGUAACCUUCCAUCCUUUGAAUAGGAAGUACAAAAAAAACAGCCUUGUGUUGUGCAGUGCAUCACACUGAAGUCUCAUCCAGCAUGAAAAAUUUUCAACUUUAUUACUUGUGGAAUUUCAAAAAUAUUUAAAUGCUUCUACUUUGCAGAACCCUGGUAUAGUGGUUUAAAAUACUAGAAUUUUUUGAACUUAUUUUAAUAAAUUGCAUUGUUACACAA